AUGUUUCAUAAAUUUAUAGCAUCAAUAAAUUUAAUACAUUCGCUACCUAAAACUUUAAAUUUUUAUUUCAUAAUCAUAUCAAUAUUAUCAUUAAUUAAUGUUUCAAAUGGAUUAUCAUUAAGUUAUUGUUCAAAACAAAGUUUAUCAGAUGUGGAUUUGAUAUAUUAUCAAUAUAACUCAAAUGGUUAUUGUCAUGAUUAUUGUAAAGAUAAAGGUUUUGCAAUAGCUAUUGUUAGUUCAUAUAAUUGUGGUUGUUCAAAUGAUGUUCCAAAAUCAACUGUUUCAUUAAAUAAUUGCUAUAUUGGUUGUCCUGGUUAUGCUGAUCAAGAAAGUUGUGGUGGGAAUGGUUAUUAUGGUUAUGUUGUUAUUACAAAACCAAGUGCAACUGUUGAUUCAAAUAAUAAUGAUGAUAAUGAAACUAAAAGUGAAACAGUACAAGAAUCUACAUCAAGUUCACCAACAACAACUUCAUCAUCUAGUACUUCAACCACUCCAACUACAACUAGUACAUCCUCAACUCCUACAACGACAUCAACAUCACCAGCAGCCACUCCAACGACAUUAGUCACAAAAACAACCGAAAUAACUCAAGUUCAUCUGUCAAAUAACAUAGUAAAAGUCACUGAAUAUUUUACAGUUACUCCUACACCAUCAACUACAUCAACCUCAAGUUCAAAUAGCCCAUCAUCAUCAUCGUCAAGUCCAUCAACAACUGAAGUUCAGACCACUACCAAAGUAGAACCGUCCACUGUAUAUUCAGUCAUGACAGUGAAUGGAACUCAAUCACAACAAGUAAGUACAAUGUACAUAACUCAACUUUUAAAUGCAACAACUUCAUCAUUGAAUUUAUCUUCGUCUAUAUCAACCACAGAAUCAAACUCAAAUACAGAUUUAACAUCAUCAUUAAUAGCAGCUGCUGCAUCAACUACAUUAUCUUCAUCGCUCACAUCUUCAACUGAAUCAUCACAUUCAAGUUCAAGUUUGGAUCCACUACAUAAUGGUAACAACACUGACAACACAAAUACAAAUAAAAGUGCGUUUUUUUCAGAUAAAGGAAAAGUAGCAGGUACGUGUACAGCAGUAGGAGUAGUAAUAUUAGGUAUAGUAUCAGCUAUAUUAUAUUGUUGUUGUUGUGGAGGAGCAUGCGGUAAAAGAUCAAAUUCAGAUGAUAAUGAUGGUUAUACAGAUGAAGAAAAUCAAUAUUCUGAAAAUUCAUCAACCAAUCAUGGUUAUUAUGGAGGUGUUGGAAGUGGAGAUAAAAGUGGGUAUAUAUUAGAUGAAAAAAAUUUAAAUUCAAAUCCACAUCAACAAAUGACAUAUAGUAAACAUUCAAGUUUCAGUUCAUUAAAAAGAGAUAAUUCAAGUAAAACUUUAUUUUCAUUAUUUAUGAAUCAUAAUCAUAAUGAAGAUGAAAAACAACAUAAUCAAAAUCCAGGAAAUACUGGAGGAGUAGGUAUAAAUAGAAAUUUAUCAAGAAAAAAAUUAAUGAGUAGAAGAAAUAGUUCAAAAGAUAUUGGUAAUGGUUCUGGAGGUGGUUCAGGUGGAGAUGGAUCAGAUGAUGGAUUAGGUGGAAUUAUGUUUCCAAUUGAUGAAUUAGAAAAUAGAUUAGAUCCUGGGACAAUGUUUUUAAAUAAUAAUUCUAAUUAUUCUAAAAAUUCAUUUAAUGAUGAAAUUGAUUAUUCAAGAAAAUUAAAAAUUACAAAUCCAGAUAAUAAUUAA